CAUAGCAGGCUGUCUUGCUGAAUAGAAGACAACAUGAAGACUUGGUUGAUCAUUUCGGUGCUCCUUUUGGAGAUUUCAUACACCUUUGUCAUCGGGAAAAUCAAAAUACUCAAAGGAAAUAAUCCUGGGGUAUGUUCGAAAAAGAACAGUGGUGAGAUAAUGCUUGUUCGAGAUCGACAAAACAAACAAAAACUCUUGAUCUGCACAAACGAUAAAGGAAUUUUUGGAUGGAGAACACUGGAUGGAUCUAGUCCACCAGGUGAAUUCUUCAAUCCGGGAUACGACUGCACCAGUAUAUUGAAUAAAGAUCUAAAGGCUAAAGAUGGGUUUUACUGGAUCACACUUGGGCACAAAAUUCCGAGGAAAGUUUAUUGUGACAUGACUACCGAUGGAGGGGGAUUUAUUUUGGUUGGUCGCAAGAAUACAUCAAUCACCUGGACUGUUCCUUCCAACAACAAGCCAGUUGAACCAUUCGGUGAUCCUCAUUGGACCAGCUCAUUAGGCAAUGCACCAAUCAAAGAUUUUAGAGUUCAAGUUGCAAGUCAAGAAAAUUUUAAGGCAACAAAGGCACAUUGGUACUAUAGACUCCGCAAACCACGGCCACUCAAGAGCUUAAUGAUUAUAAAUAAAGGCGGGUGUGGGAAAACUUCGCCUGGAAUUGGAGACGUACAGUUUGUGAAAGAUUUGAUUACGGAUAACAUCGUGACUACAAAGUUUCGCUGCUCAAAAUUUGGAAUGGCUCAUAAUGCAAGGACACGGUUUGGAUGGGCUAAGAUGAACGAUUGCUUGCAAAGGCCAUGUCGCUGGGGAUUUGCUUUCCAUCAUAAAUAUCCGCUUCAAACUGACUACUCUGGGGCAUUCAGCUACAGCACGAAAAACAGUAUUUCCGGAAUAGAUUAUGGAGCGACAGCUCUUAUUGGUUGCGACAAUGGCCAGUGUUGCGGUUGCUAUGGACCCAAAAAUGGAAAGAAAAACUAUUGUUUCAAGGAGUGCAAUGCACGAAAUGGGGGGACCGUACGAAAAAACGUAUACACUUGGUUCUGGGUUAGAACAUCCAUUCCUAGAAGAUUGUGGACUAAAUGCAUGGACUACAAAGUGGUCGAGAAUGGCGCUUCUGUGUGGUACAAACUUGUCGGUGGAAAUGAAAUACCAAAGAAGGUUUAA